AUGUCGUCCACCUCGCCCACGGAGAUGGACCCCGGCCCGAAGAAGGCGGUCCGGCGCCGGACAUCACGGCAGCUGGAAAGAAAGAGAGAGCUAGACAAGCAGGCGCAGCGAAUCAAACGCGAGACGGACAAGGAUCGAUUAAUCCAAAUCCAGGCCGAUGUCCAAAAAAUCCAACGGCAGAUGGAUAGCCUCCAGAAAACCAUGGCUAUGAUUUUGGAUGGGAGGAACACCCUGCACGAUACACAUCCCAGCACCCAUUUCCCCCAAUCCUCCUCAGUGCCCCUGCUGGUGGAUAUGUUCACCUCGCCAGAUGAUAAGAUGGCGGGUACGAGAGGCUACUCGAGCUCUAGCUCCAUUCUUGGCGGCCUGGGGUCGAAUCCGGCCCACGGCGGACAAGCACCCCCGAAGCUGCAUGGGGACACAGAUCGGAGUCUCUUGGCGGUGGAUUGCAGCAUGGUAUCAAAUGAGCCCAAUAAUUCACCUGUCGUAAUAGGCAGUCUGCAUGAAAAUGUCCAUUCUUGUGGUUCAUAUUCUCAGGGUGACAUGCAAUUGCUUGGUUCGACGUUUCAUCCAUCAGAAACGGGGACAACUCAAACGACACUUGACGCCCAUCGCCAAACACGGGAACUCUCCAACAGAAACUCCAUCUCGAUAAAUGAUCCAAAAGCUCCUAAUACUCUCCAUCCACUCACAGCCGCCCCUUCACCAACCAUAUUCAAGUAUCGAGGCGUAGAGCUUCCAUCUUGUAUCUGUCAACCAAGGGUGCACCCCUCGUAUGCAGACUGCUUCGAGCAUACCGUCUACGAUGCGCUGAUCAAAGCGCACGUUCAACCUCGGGCACCACCCGUUCCACUGACUCCAUCUCUUCCCGACCUCCUUUUCAUGGGAGGAGGCGAGAACGUUGUAUCUCGGAUUUUAAUCAAAAUGUUCAAGCGGGACGGCUCGUGCGAGAUGGAUAUGAUGUGGGCGGGCUAUAUUCUACUCUAUCGGGUUCUUCGUUACCGUCUUUCUCCAUCCCUCGAAACUCUCCAGGACGUACCGGAAUGGCUUCGGCCGACUGAAAUACAAAAUAACACGCCUCACCCAAUCUUUAUUGACUUUACGCCAUUCCCUCAAUUGCGUGACGCCAUGGUUUCAGGAUCGGUUGAGUAUACUCGAGAAACAUUUGAUAUAGACUACGGUCGUUCGAUUUCGGUCAACUGGCCCAGCUCGAAGCCUUUGCUGGUUCGAAACGAAUCCUUCGAUGUGGUUCUAAACCCGGAUUUUGAGCCACACGUUCUCAAUUACAGUAACUGGUCGCUCGAUACGGAAUUUGCGCUUAAGUAUCCACACAUGGCUACGAUGGCCACAAUUAGAAAAUGA